AUGAGAACGCUCAUGAUCCUAGUGAGCAUUUUCCUGGAAAUACAUCUUCAUUUCAUUGGGAGCCAGGCGGAGCAUCAGCGAUCGUUAAGCGCCGGCAACGAAGUGGUGCCGUUAAAGGGGCCCGAGGAUAAAGGCGAAGAUGUCAUCGAGGGUCCUAUCAGGGAGGUCCUCGCACAAAGCGGAAGCACCGCGAAUUUGCCGUGCAAAAUCACCGAUGCAGGCGCUGGAACCAUUACAUGGAUGAAACGCAGAGACAGACGGUUAUUAACCGUCGGCACCACUACCCAUUCGAUCGACAAUCGAUUUGUCGUGAUGCAUUCGAGUACUGAUUGGUCGCUUCAGAUACGAGCGGUUACACUUCAGGACGCGGGUAUAUACGAGUGCCAGAUAACGUCGCACCCGGUACAACGGAACUUCGUACACUUGAAGAUCACGGAAGCGUACUCGAUCAUACCGGGCGCGCCUGAUUUGCAUGUGAAGCAAGGUUCGAGCCUGCGGCUCGAGUGUCAACUCCUGGCAGCCGCGGAAUCGCCCCUCUACGUUUUCUGGUAUCGUCAGGGGCAUAUGAUCAAUUAUGACGAGGAGCCAGGCGUGAAAGUCGAGCUGACCAAGAGCGGCUCGAUUUUAAUGGUGAACAAAACGAAGCCGACGCACGAAGGGAAUUAUACGUGCGCGCCGAGCAACGCCAGGCCCGCAUACGUGAUGGUACACGUGCUCGAAGAGGAGGAGAAGCCGGCAGCGAUGCACGGCGGGGACAGAAGGAACCGCGGCCCGAGAAUUUCCCCGAGCAACUUCCUCGUGUCCUUAUUGGCGGUCGUCAGCUGGAGGAUACCGAGCCUCACCGGCCUCUAUCCGACGUGA